AGAAACAUGCCCACCCACAAAAAGACUCCAUCUCAUCUAAUAACCACUUUUCUGCAGGGCUUCUCAGCAACACGCUGAUGUUAAGCUGGUUAAGACUGCAGAUGUUACUGUAAUAAUACAUGCAAGUAAAUAAAAUUCUACAAUAACCUAAAUACUAUUUCAUUUAAUUAACAUGAUUUUUAAAUUUGUCUCAAAGUUAAAUCCUAAAUGCUUUAACAGUUGUUUGAAAACCUUGAAGAUUGUUUUUUUUCCCCACCUUUUAAUAUCCUGGUAUUACUUCAACAAUUGAGCAGAACAGAACCGCAAAAUAAAAAUGUAAAAAGGUGAGAAUGACAGCCAGGUUUUUUUUGUUAAACUGCACAGAUUACAUGUAUUUUUUUAAUGUUAUAGUCUUAAAAGAAAAGAGUGAGAAGACAGAAAUGGAAAUUCUUAACAUAGCUAACUCAAAGUACUACUUAAAAUUACUCAAAGCACAGGGCUGCCUAGAAAAGGAUUUGCCCUUACAGGAGAAAACUUGUUGAAGAGGUACUUAAUAAAGUCCCUGAAGGCAUGACCUUGCAUGCUGCAUGCUCUAUAAUCACACUUGUCUAUACAAAGAUGUUGACUGAUUUGCCAAGAUGGAAAGGUCAGAACGAUUAAAGUAUAGUCUGUCAAAUUUUAAAGGUCAGACGAACAAAAGCGUAAAAAGUAGGGCUUAAUGCCCCUUUCUCAGCCCCCUUUUCACCUUCUGUCACCGCCCUCAUCUGUGGUAUAUAAAAAUUUGAAUUUUACCUCUCACAUAUCACCUCUCUGAAUUUGCUGAACUCUCACUGGUCGAAGACAUUCAAGCCUGUAAGUAUACUUUAAAAUAAAUGCAUUCUGUUAAAUAUCUGCAAAUGAACAGAAGUUUGCAGUUGUUAUCAAGUUUUUUGGAUACAAACUAAUGUAAGAAGAACAGGUUUCAUUGAUGUGCACAAAUAAAAUUCUGACUUUGUUGUGUGUUGCAGGAUCAUGAGCAGGAACUUCUUGUCCAAAAAUGACGAGCUCCGCAGGGGAGACUACCUGGUGUCCAACAACAAGCAGUACAAAGCUAUAUUUCAGGGUGAUGGCAACUUUGUCAUCUAUGGCUGGAAGCCUUUGUGGACUUCAGACACUGAAGGAUCAGACGCCGUCCGUCUGUGCAUGCAGGCUGACUGCAACCUGGUCAUGUACAGCAAGUGUGACACGCCUAGGUGGCACACAAACUCUGCCAAAACUGCCACGUGCAACAUGUGCCGUCUUCAACUGACCGAUGACGGCAAACUGGUGGUGAACAGAGAGUGCGAAGAAAUCUGGAGCUCUGAAAAGUCCAAAGGCAUGAAGUGAUGCUUGUGUGCAACCAUCCUUUGGCAUAAACCUUCAGCGAUGCUAUUAAAGCAAUAUAUACCAGUGCAUAAACAAGCCUUUCCUUUUUCUUUCUGUUUAGCUUUGAUCAGACUCUGAAUUUCAGCUCUGAAUGUGCAUUUUUUGACUCUACAGCUUCUGUGCUGCUGUAAAACACAAAGGAUUGUAACCAAA